AUGGCGCGACGUAAGGUCAUUAUCGACACUGAUUGUGGCGGCGAUGAUGCGAUUGGAAUCAUGACCGCCAUGACGCACCCAGAUGUAGACGUUAUCGCCAUUACGGCUGUGUGGGGUAACGUCGACGUGGAUCAGGGCAUGGAAAACCUGGGGAAGCUGCUGGACCUGUACGAGCGCGACGUACCUUUCUACCGUGGCGCCGCGGGCCCACUGGUGACGGAGCGCGAGACGGUGCAGUGGGGCGGUUUCGGCAAGGACGGUUUCGGUGACGCCGGAUUUCCCCCGUCUGCGCGUGUGGCGAUGCAGUCGCGCAAACACGCCGCACUGGCUCUGGUGGACAUUCUUAGGGAGGCCAAGCCUUCGGAAGACGAGGUCUACCAGCUGGUGUGUCUCGGGCCGCUGACCAACAUAGCCCUCGCCAUGCGUCUUGACCCUGAGGCCUUCUCGGUUCUCGGCUCCGAUACGGUUCCCGCGCUGACGGUCAUGGGUGGGACAAGCGAGGGGAAGGGCAAUUCCAAUUUGAUGGCGGAGUUUAACUUCCACUGCGAUGCGGAGGCGGCCUUUGUUGUGUUCCACCACAAGGAGAUCAGGCAGCCCUUACAGAUGGUCAAUUGGGAGGUCACCGUUAACUGUGCCAUGCCGUGGCGGUUCUACGAUGAGUGGGUAAAUCGACGCGAGACUCCGGAGGGUCGCGAAUCGUUUGACCAGAACAAAUCCCAGUUAUUUAUUGAGAAGAUGUUCCAGCGGCUGGAGGUCUUCACACGACCUGACGAAGAGGGAAAAAAGGCUGACACAGGUGAUGCUGAAGCGACGCAAGACAUCACAUGCGUCAUCCCAGAUGCUGUGGCGAUGCUCGUGGCGCUGUACCCUGAGAGCGUGGAAGACAGUUUCCUCACGUACGUCACCAUUGAGAUGCAGGGACGAGAGACCCGCGGUGCAACGUGUAUUGAUUGGUAUGGCACAGAUCAAUCCAUGGCGAAGAAAGGGCGCCAUCGUAACUGCCACGUCAUCACGAGGGUGAACUGCGAUACGUUCCUACGCGUCAUGCAGCAGAUAGUGGACUUCGACCUCUAA